CAUCCAUCCAUAUCCAGCAUGGCUGCGGUCCUCCUCUGGGCUCUGGCCCUUCUCUCAGUGUGUGCAGCCACCCAGUCACAGAAGGGCUUCUGGGACUACUUCAGGCAGAGCAGCAGGGACAAAGGCAUGAUGGAGCAGGUCCAGCAGCAGAAGCUGGGGCGCGAGUCUGUGAGCUUCAAAGAGAGCCUCAAGCAAGACCUCAGCAAUAUGAACCAGUUACUGGAAAAACUGGGCUCCCUGAGUGGACAGGGGAAGGAGCCACCCAGUCUGGCACAGGACUCGGCGGGCAUGCGCCAACGGCUGCAGGCGGAGCUGGAGGAGGUGAGGGCCCGUCUGGAGCCCUACAUGGCCGAAAAGCACGAGCUGGUGGGCUGGAACUUGGAGCGCUUUCGGCAGCAGCUGAAGCCCUACACGGAGGAGCUGAUGGAGCAGGUGGGCCUGCGCGUCCAGGAGCUGCAGGAGCAGCUGCGCGUGGUGGGAGAAGACACGAAGGCCCAGCUGCUGGGGGGCGCGGACGAGGCCCUGGGGCUGCUGCGGGGCCUGCAGAGACGCGUGCGGCACCACACGGGCCGCGUCAAAGAGCUCCUCCACCCGUACGCGGAGCGCCUGCUGAGCGGCCUGGGCCGCCACGUGCGGGAGCUGCACCGCCGCGUGGCGCCCCACGCCGCCGCCAGCCCCGCCAGGCUCGGCCGCUGCGUGCAGAUGCUCUCGCACAAGCUCACCCUCCAGGCGCACGCCCUGCACUCCGGCAUCCAGCACAACCUGGACCAGCUGCGCCAAGAGCUGGGCGCCUUCGUCCGGGCGGAGGAGGGGACGGGGCCCGACCCCGGGCUGCUCUCCCGGGAAGUGCGCCAGCGCCUCCAGGCUUUCCGCCAGGACACCUAUCUCCAGAUUGCAGCGUUCACCCGUGCCAUCGACCAGGAGACCGAGGAGGUCCAGCAGCAGCUGGCACCGCCCCCGCCGGGCCACAGGGCCUUCGGCCCCGAGUUGGGACAAGCCGACGGUGGCAAGGCCCUGAGCGAGCUUCAGAAGCGUCUGGAUGACCUGUGGGAAGACAUCACCUACGGCCUUCAUGACCAGGGCCACAGCCCCUCCGGGGCGCCCUGAGGGUUUGCUGUGUUCUGGCUCGUUCCCCAGGCCCC